AUGCAGCGGACGAGCGAAUUUGAUGUUUAUCAGGCCCUCGAGGCAGAGCUGUUCAUUCUUCUCUUAGUUUCAUCGAGAAAUAACAGCACCAUGCCUGAGCCUGCCAAGACCGCCCCCAAGAAGGGCUCGAAGAAAGCCGUGACCAAGACCGCCGGCAAAGGAGGCAAGAAGCGCAGAAAGUCCAGGAAGGAGAGCUACGCCAUCUACGUGUACAAAGUCCUGAAGCAGGUUCACCCCGACACCGGCAUUUCGUCCAAGGCGAUGGGGAUCAUGAAUUCGUUCGUCAACGACAUCUUCGAGCGCAUUGCAGGUGAGUCCUCUCGUCUGGCUCACUACAACAAACGCUCCACCAUCACUUCCAGGGAGAUCCAGACCGCCGUGCGCCUGUUGCUGCCCGGUGAGUUGGCCAAGCACGCCGUGUCCGAGGGCACCAAGGCCGUGACUAAAUACACCAGCUCCAAGUAAAGCGCGUCAACGCCGCCUUCAUCAACACAACGGCUCUUUUAAGAGCCACCCAUGUUGUCCCUCAA